GAAGCAUCCAAUAUAUUGGAUAAGGAUUGAAUUUACUAUGGUUCCACUUCAUAUGGCUUCAGGUGAAACCUCUCAUUUGGGUGGAAGCUCAAAUAGAACGGCACUCUAGGAGUCGUAUAGAAUUUAUGGUAAAAGCACGAAGCCAGUUUAAGGAGCGCAGCACUGCAACAAAUGUUGAAAUUGAGCUACCGGUGCCAUCAGAUGCUACGAAGCCGAAUGUGAGGACAUCAAUGGGUUCUGCUUCUUAUGCUCCAGAAAAUGAUGCUCUAGUCUGGAAGAUCAAAUCUUUUCCAGGCAAUAAGGAGUACAUGCUGAGGGCAGAAUUCGGACUCCCUAGUAUUGCUGCUGAAGAAGCUGCUCCCGAGAAAAAGGCUCCUAUUCGAGUGAAAUUCGAGAUCCCAUACUUCACCGUGUCCGGUAUUCAGGUUCGUUAUCUCAAGAUCAUCGAGAAAAGCGGGUACCAAGCUCUACCAUGGGUGAGAUACAUAACAAUGGCUGGAGAAUAUGAACUGAGACUCAUGUGAAAGCCCGACCUUUGAAGCUUGACCAAUGUACAUCUCGACUACAUGCUAUCGGUUCGAAACUUGCUGGAGAAUCGUACGGUGUUUCCCCAUGCAAAGAUAUAAAUCCGUCCU